UCAUUUUAUUUAAGUAAAAUGGAAAAAAAUCUACCAUUUUAUUUCCUUAACUCAAGUAUUAUUCAGUUGACAAUAAUAUACCUUGAGAGGCUAUCAGACUCUUGACUGAAAAAGAACCCUUUAGCAGCACAUAGACACUUGAUUUUAAAAUUCGGGAAAAACCUGCAUUAAAUUUAAAUCAUUUUAUCACUUUUAAAUUCACAUAAAAAUGACGUCUGAUCAACAAAAUGGAAAAUCUCCAUUUUUGCCAGGAUCACCGUUGGACAAUGAAGAAAACAAAAACAACACCUACAAGCCAAGGACAACAAAUUUUAAUUCUCUAUGUUCUUUCAAUUUCAAUCGGUUCCAUUAUUGUGUUUUGUUAUGUUGGCUGUUUGGAAUUUUCUUCGCAACCCAAAUGAUUUUUUCCGUAUUUUCAAAUUAUAUACCAAAAUGGAAAUGUUUAUUAAAUAAUACCUCAAAUUUUGCUAGAAAUUGUACGAUAUAUCAACAAUGUCCUGAAAAUUUGAUACAAUUUGAAGAAAAUAUACCCUUUCAUUCAGCGGCAAUGGAAUUUGGCUGGAUUUGUGGAGCUAAUGCAUAUAAUCGAGCUUUGUUUAGCCAAAUUCAAUUUGCUGGCGUGCUUAUUGGCACUUUAACUUUUGGAGCAAUUUCUGAUGCAUUUGGUCGUAAACCAGUUUCUAUUUUUGCAUUAACUGUUGGAAUUGCUUCAAUGUUUGCUACUACAUUUGCACCCAAUUGGCACUUUUUAUUAGCUUGUCGCUUUAUACUUGGUCUCUGUAUUGGAGGAGAUUUGGUUGUUGUAUAUACUUUUGUGAUGGAACAAUUGUUACCAACUCAAAGGAUGGCCAUUAGGGGCUUUUUUAAUUGGGUACUUUUAAUUCUUGGGGAGAGAAGAGAGGAGGGGGGAUAUAAAGUAGGAGAGAGGUAA